GACUCGUCGCAGUCGGCUCUCUUCUUCCAUCAUCCGUCAUCAUCACCAGCCACCUACCACCCUUCCCUUUCGACGAAUCUACUCGACGCAACACUCCUCAUCGACCGACCGAACGAGAUUCGAUCAAUCACUCCCAAACACUUUAGCCAAGCUAUGAGUAGUCGCGGUGGGAAACUUGCCCCAGAAGUCAAUCGAGCUCUGUUCGUGAAGAACUUAAGCUACAACGUCACCCCAGAAGAGCUGUUCGACCUGUUUGGCAAAUUUGGCCCUAUCCGCCAAGUUCGACAGGGCAUCGCCAACAACACCAAGGGUACAGCUUUCGUUGUCUAUGAGGAUGUCGUGGAUGCCAAGCAAGCCUGCGACAAACUAAACGGGUUCAACUUCCAGAACCGUUAUCUAGUUGUUCUAUACCACCAGCCCGAGAAGAUGGCCAAGUCAAAAGAGGACCUCGAAGCCCGCAGGCAAAAUUUAGCUCAGCUCAAGCAGCAGCACGGUAUCGAUUGA